ACGUCGCUCCUCCCCCGGAAUUGCGUCGCAAGGUCACCAGCCAAACUGGUCACUCGCAGCGCUUCCAAGAUGGCGGCCUCCUUGUGUCAGUGUUACCAGCUGUGUGUCAGGAGAAAUUCUGCACUUUUAGUCGCUCGUCAGUAUGCGUCAUUAUACGACAGAGCUCAUGUGUACAGGAUAUGUGGCCCGGCGGCUGCUACGGCGCAGGCAAGGUUUAUGUCCUCCGGUGGCGGUCGGAAAGGCUUCCUUGGAGAGUUUCUGGACAAUCUCAAGCAGGAACUGACCAAGAGCAAGGAGAUGAAUGAGAACAUCAAGAAGUUUCGCGAGGAGGCCAAAAAACUAGAGGAAUCGGAAGCCCUCAAGCAAGCCAGGAGGAAAUAUAAAACCAUCGAGUCCGAAACAGUUAAAACUUCUGAAGU